CGAUUGUUCGUUGUGAUUUGAUGCUGGUUGGAGUACUGAAUUAUCAUUAUGGAGCACAACAAUGGAGGUUUUAAAGAGGAUACGUCUUUAGAACAUUCGGAACCGUCAACAGAAUAUAAUGAAAAGAAUACCUUGCAAUUGGUUACUGGUACAGUGGAUCCUGAAGAGGGCUGCAGCAAUGAAACUUUGAUGGAUUUGAGGGAGAAGAAAAGUUUUUCAAAGCAACUGCCUUGGUACUAUUCUCCUGUGUACUUGCUCUUCUGGGUCGGACUAUUCUUCGCAGUGAGCUACACGCUUUUUAAUUACCUGCCAACUGGUGUUAAGAUAGAUGAGGAAUCCGACUUGCCAAACACUUUUGUGGCACAACGCGCGGAAAGCAUACUGAUCAAGCUCGAUUUAAUGGGUCCGAAGAUAGCCGGGGAUUACGUGACCGAAGUGGUUAUGGUGGAUUUUCUACUAAGCGAGAUAUCAAAAGUGCGUGAGGAGAUGCGAGACGAUCUCUAUGAGAUGGAGGUGGACGUACAGCACUCCAGUGGUGCCUUUCUCCACUGGCAAAUGAUAAAUAUGUACCAGGGCAUUCAAAACGUAGUGGUGAAGCUGAGUACCAAAAGUUCCAACAGCACUUCCUAUCUAUUGGUAAACAGUCAUUACGACUCAAAGCCCAGCAGUGUGGGCACUGGCGAUGCCGAACUUAUGGUUGUCACCAUGCUGGAAACUCUUCGUUUAAUGGCCACAUCUGAGGAGACCUUCCUGCACCCCAUUGUGUUCUUAUUCAAUGGCGCCGAAGAGCAGCCCUUCCACGGAUCGCAUUCGUUUAUAACCAACCACCGUUGGUCUGCCAACUGCAAAGCGCUAGUCAACCUGGACUCGGCCGGUGCCGGCGGACGUGAAAUCCUCUUCCAGGGGGGUCCCAACCAUCCCUGGCUAAUGAAGCAAUACAAAAAGAGUGCCAAGCAUCCGUUUGCCACGACCAUGGCCGAGGAAAUUUUUCAGGCCGAUUUGAUACCCUCCGACACGGAUUUCCGGAUCUUCCGAGACUUUGGACCGGUGCCAGGUCUGGACAUGGCUGGUUGCUACAACGGCUUUGUGUACCACACAAAGUUCGAUCGCAUCAAAGUGAUUUCCCGAAGUUCGAUACAGAACACUGGCGAUAAUGUGUUUUCUCUGGUUCGAAGUAUUUCCAAUGCCGAGGAAAUGUAUGAUACGGAGGCUCACUCAGAGGGUCACUCGGUUUUCUUUGACUAUCUGGGGCUUUUCUUCGUUUACUACACGGAGUCUACGGGGACGGCCCUUAACAUCUCCUUCUCCCUGGGAGUCAUCCUUGUUAUUUGUAUUUCUUUAUGGCGAAUGGCCAAGGUAACGGAUCGGAGAGUGGGCACCUAUGCCCGAGCCUUUGGGAUGCAGUUCCUCCUGGCAAUUCUGGGUUUUCUGCUGGCCCUUGCAUUUCCAUUGCUAAUGUCGGUGUUCUACGAUGCCGGAGAUCGCACGAUGACCUAUUUCAGCAACAGCUGGUUGGUCAUAGGCCUCUUCAUCUGCCCCUCAAUUAUUGGACUAGUCUUACCAUCGACUCUUUACUUGUCUCUGCGACCCAAUGAGAAGAUUCCGCACACCUACCAUCUUCAGAUCGUGGGACAUGCCUUCUGUGUUCUGCUGGCAGUACUUUGCAUUCUACUUACGGCUGUUGGCAUUCGAACGGCCUAUCUCUUUAUGAUGUGUGUGUUCUUCUACCUGGGAGCUUUAAUCAUUAACCUGGCUAGUCGACUUCAUGACAAGGGUUAUCUCUGGGCUGUGGUGCUUGGCGUUUGCCAGAUUCUCCCCUAUCUGUACUUCACCUAUCUGUUCCAUGCUCUUCUGGUCAUCACCAUUCCGAUGACUAGCCGCAAGGGCAUGGAUGCCAACCCCGACUUGCUGAUCUCCCUGGAGUGCGCCCUGGGUUCAAUUCUGGCCAUGGUCUUUCUGGCACCUUUGCUGAAUAUCUUUAGGCGUCCAAAGAGCAUGGUUGGUGGUUUGGCUCUAGUGAUGUUUAUCUUUUGUAUGAUCUCUGUGUCGAACGUCGGAUUUCCAUAUCGGGCCGAGACAAAUGUGAUGCGUCUUCACUUUCUGGAGGUGCAUCGUAAGUUCUACGAGUAUGAUGGAUCCCUCAGUCUAGAGGACAGUGGAUACUACUUCGACUUGCAGGAUAGGCGUCUAGAGGCUCCGCUGCUGGACAAAAUCAAUCUUACUGGACUUACGCGCCUCGACGAGCAAUGCGAAACGGAGAUGAAGUGUGGCAUGCCGUGCUUUAACCAUCGUUGGUGUACCGCCGUGAAAGAUGCCCGUUGGCUGCCCCGUGAUGAGCCCGUCGAUCUACCUGGUUCUCCGAUUUUGCAGCUUCUGAAUAAGACGGUUUCGGGAACUGAGUCCGAUCCGAGGGUUCGCCUUGACUUCAUAGUGUCAUCAGGUCCGCCGAGGAUGAGUUUCUUUGUGCAACCCCGGGAAGGAGUAAAAAUGCUGAGCUGGUCAUUCCUCCAGGGAAUGCUGGACAGCCCAUCAGUCUACAAGCCUCCAUAUCACAUCUUCUUUGGCUACGGAAGCGACAACUCGCCAGUCGAAUUCCAUUUUGAAAUGACGAAGAACGACGGCAACUUCGAAGUGCCGCUGGUUGAGUUGGGUAUCUCUGGGCACUAUAUGAGCCAUCUGAGUAAGCGUGAUGCGACGACUCUGAAGUUCAUUGAGGAUCUACCGGACUUUGCUCACCCCAUGGAGUGGCCUAGUUCCUAUGAACGUUACAUUUUCUGA